AUGUCGCGCUCUUCUAAUGCCUUUGCGAAUUUCUUUCCAACAGCACCAGCCGUCUUGAAGGCAAGAAAGACCUCAAACUCACCAAAGGCAAGCAGCCUCAAAACAUCUCGACGAUCACCGGCCAAGGCAGAUCCCAGAUUUUGGGAUCAUGAAAGGGUUGUUGCCACAUCCAUAGGUGCGCGCACCGAACGCAACAUAGUUGCAGAGCAACGAAGAAGGCAAGACGAGCGGGAACCAAGUCGUGUAGAUCUUGUCCACGAGGACGGCUCUGCUAGUUCGACUAGCACUGCUUCUUCGGUCUUUAGUACUAAUAGGAAGACCGGCUUAUCUGAACCAAGUAAUGGUACUCAAAAUCCAACGGACCUCACGCCAUUGACAAUCAUGGAUUCUUCACCGCGAACGAAUGGAAUGGUAUCGCCAGCAAGAAAACCCGCAAAGAGCCGUACUGUUGUCGGGCGACCGGCAUCUCCAUCAGAGGAAAGCUUAGACAAGGUCUACUCACCCAUAGAUUCAGAGAUCGAGCGAACUCCACAGCCGGACCGACUUCAAGCUCGCCCCAGUAAAGGUGUUGAAAAAGGUUGGCGGAUAACGUAUGAUCCGUUUACCGACAAGUCUAGCAAAAGCAAAGACAAGCGUCAGAAGGAGCCGCAGUAUGAAGCCUUCGGUAAAAACGAUGCAGAGCCUCCACCGCCAGAUCCCCGGUUAGGUAUCAGGGGUUACACUAAGGGUGCUGACAACAAGACGAAUCGAAGGUUACGAAUUGCUCCGUAUAGGCUACUACCAUAUCCAUAUGAUAAGAGAACAUCAACAGGUCAAGGACCCCCAGUCCGCAUAGUCGUCACUGGUUUUGACCCUCUUACCCCCACUAGUCAGGUUUUGCAACUUUUCUCGAGCUUCGGAGAAAUCGAUAAACAUAUAAAUGAAACAGACCCAGAGACCGGCAGUUUCUUAGGAGUCCUGCUAAUCAAAUACAAAGACAAGCCAUCAAGAAUCCUCUCGCCAGCAUCUGCAAGUGCGGCUGCCAGUCGCGCUUUUGGGGAGUGCCAGAACGGACAGCAUAGGGUUGGCCUCCACACCGUCCACGUUGAACUCGAUCGUGAUGGGACCGUUGGAAAACGCGCGAAAGCCCGGGCUGUUGAGAAGCAACGACCAAAGCUGCAAAGUAGCAAAGCGAUUGGAAAGGAUGUUUCUGCUGAUCAAUUCGGUCCGCCCCCUACAGCCCCUAAGGGACCGUCAGCCAAGUUUGUCUCAAGGUUAGGCGCUGCAGCCCCUUUAUUGUCUUCUGAUCCUGAACUUGCUUGGAAACCGCUGGAUCCUAACCAGACAGCCGUGGUGGAAGACAAGCCUAUCUUAGAGCAGCUCAAACGCGAACCUUACAUAUUCAUAGCUCAUUGUUACGUACCCGUCAUGGGCUCGACCGUCUUCCACUUGAAAGGUAGAAUGAAAAGUCAUGGAUGGAAUAACAUUCGGUGCGACAGUACCGGAUAUUAUAUUACUUUCGAGAUCUCCAGAAAAGGUGAAGAAGACUGCCUUCAAUGCUUCAAAAUGUGUCACAUGAAACCUCUUUUUGACUAUGUAAUGAAUAUGGAGAUCAAUCGGCACGGACGCUCCGGAUACGAACGAAGUCCUAGUCCCGAGAGGAUGCUUGCUGAAGAGCAAGACCGUGCAAGGCAUGAACGGUCAAUGAGGGAUAGAGAAAUGAACUGGGACGAAGAGAAACAGGAUAGGGCACUAAACGUUGAUCCAGUUCGUGCAGCAAUACAGCUCAUAGAAGCAGAGCUUAAAGAAAAGCUUUUGGAGGAUGUCAAAUCCAGGAUGGUACCAGAAAUGUUGGCUUUUUACCUAGAAUCGGAUAGGCACGCUGAAAAGCGGCGCAAGCUGAACAUUGCAGCCCCCGAAGACCAGAGCAACAAUGCGCACCAUACCGUUGGAGGGUUUGUAGAGACGCCGCCCACAGGAACCCCUGAUCCGUACAGUACAAUGAAUCGACAGCCUCUUGGUCUUACGAAUCUCAAUGUGAUCGCGCUCCCCAGGAUCCGUAAGGCUGUUGGCAACAAACGAGAGAACCUCGCUUUCGCAGAUGAGCGGAGGAAACAAAGGCCGGUUAAAAAGACUCAGGUUCGUGGGCUUCACCACCGUCUACACCAAAUCCACCAGGAUGAAGAUGAAUCGGACGAUGAUCACCAAACAGCUGUUACUCGCGACACGGAGGAGCCAGAAAGCAGACCCAUGAGUCGGAUGAGCAUUGCCUCAGAUGUGUCCGAUGAGGAGAACGAGCGACAAACACCAGUUACCGCAAUCACAGCAGAGGCUGAGCCCGAGAUUUCAUUAGCAUCUGAUCCACGGAAAAGAAAAAGACAGGCACAAGAUGUUGCCUCGAGAAAGCGGCGGAAAGAGGAUGAUGAGUUAUUUGGUCUUGAUAAGGAGGAAGUUGAUGGACUCGUUCGAGAGUCCGUGGACCCUCGAGUAGAGUCAGAAGCUCCAACCGCCGAGACUGUACUUGGUAAAGAUGGUGAUCUUGUGGUCACUAAGGCUAUAGUGAAGAAAACUAAAUCGAAAAAGAAGAGCAAGAAGCAAUUGGAGGAGGAGCGUGAAUUACUCAACGAACAAGCAAAAGCUGAAGCAGAAGUGAAGAAUCAAGGCUUACCAGUGGAUGACCAUAGCAGGCCUGAGAUUGUACCCGAGACGGAAGAUAAGAUAUACCCCAACGUCGAUUACGCUGCCACAAAGGGACAACCAAAACGUACAGUGGAAGACCAAACGGACGUGGUUCUCGAUUUGGACGGGUGGCAAUACAGCAUCAAGGACGAUGAGGACUUCCGCUAUUUGAGAAGAAUCUUGGUUGACAGGGCGGCAGCACCUCUGCGGCAUAUUGCAUCUUGGGCUUGGAAGCAAAAGGAGAUCAAAUCGAUCAAUCGUGGUGGCGAGACAGGCGUGGUCCGGGCCGAGAUGAAAAUUGAAGGCUACUACAUUGCGAAUCCGACGGGCUGUGCUCGGACAGAAGGUACGAAAAAGAUCUUCGAAUCGGAGAAAUCAAUGUAUCUCCCACAUCGCAUCAAGGUACAGAAGGCUCGUGAAGAGCGUGAGGCAAAGGCCAAGGAGGAUCCAGCAGCCGCAGCUGCAGAGGCCACAAGACUCGCUCUAGCCAGGAACAACGCGAGUGCAUCUUCACGGCUGAAUCGGGUCAACAACCGACGCCUAGCUGCAGAGAUGGAGGCCCAAAAGCAGGUGUUGACCAUGGCGAACGGCGAAGGCGAGGCGAUGAAAUUCAAUCAGCUUAAAAAGCGAAAGAAACCGGUGAAGUUUGCAAGGUCGGCAAUACAUAAUUGGGGUCUUUAUGCUAUGGAGAACAUUGCUGCCAACGACAUGAUCAUCGAAUACGUGGGUGAGAAAGUCCGACAGCAGGUUGCGGAUAUGAGGGAACGACAGUACCUCAAAAGUGGAAUCGGAAGCAGCUAUCUCUUUCGGAUCGACGAAAACACGGUGAUAGACGCAACAAAGCGGGGUGGCAUUGCGAGAUUCAUAAACCACAGCUGUACGCCAAAUUGUACUGCAAAAAUCAUCAAAGUUGAAGGAAGCAAGCGAAUCGUCAUUUACGCAUUACGGGAUAUUGGACAGAAUGAGGAGCUCACUUACGAUUACAAAUUCGAACGCGAAUGGGACAGCGACGACCGAAUACCUUGCCUCUGUGGCUCGACAGGAUGCAAAGGUUUCCUCAACUGA